CUAUUUGUAAUGUUUGGGUUUCCAACGAAACCGAACAAGUCUUAUCCAGACCCGAUCCGAAUACCCGAAGUCACAGCCCUAUCUGCGACUCCUCCUCUUUUCUCUCCUUCUCUAGGCGACUCUUUCUCCCUUUUCUUCUAUCUUCUUCCACAUCAAAAACAGAAAACAGAACGACAGCUCUUUGAUAACGUCAGAGAAGAUUGCCAUCUGACGACGUUCCUAACCGAAAGUAAGGAGAAAUGAUGGCAUCCUUGAGAGCAACUACGGCAUGUGCUAUCUGCCAGCAAAAGCUUGAACCUGCUGCUCAAGGUUGGCGUUGCCAAGUUUGUCGUCCUGACUAUGAAGUUUGCACCCCUUGUUACUCAAAGGGCGUAAACAACCAUCCACACAUUCUCAUUACCCGCCGUCCAUCUGCCACUUCUUCUGUUGCACCUAACACACAAACUAAUCAAAUCCAGGCUGCACAGUUAAGAGCAGUGCUGCUACACAUUAUGACAUGCUGCACCACACAGUGCCAUUAUCCAAUGUGUCGCAUUAUUAAGCGUCUCAUGAAUCAUGGUGUUACAUGCAAAAAAAGAGUCUGCAAUCCUUGUAAGAGAAUGUGGGAUCUCUUUCAUAUGCACGCCAGAAACUGCAGAGAUCCACAGUGCAGUAUACCCAAAUGCAGAGAAUUUAAAGCUAUUUUUAGUAGAAAUCAACGACAGGCAGGUUCAAGACGCAAAGCAGCUGUCAAAGAGACGGUGCCACAGAGAACCGCUGACGCAGGAACCUCCACUCCUCACUGAUCAACAUAGACAGAUGGUGCUAUAGUUCCACUCUUUUGAUCCCUUCGUUUUGUAUAUGUUAGCAUUUUUUUUUCUCUGGCGAAGUUAUAAUAAGCGAAUAAAUCCUCCUGAUUUGGGUUAUUAUACCUGCAGGUUUUCAAUCUGUUUUUGUUUAUUUGUGUAAUUAUUAGUUGCUUUAGAUUAGAUGUGAUUACUCCCUCUGUUUUUAUUUGUAGGUAGUUUUAGCAAAAUAGAUUUGUUUCACAAUAUAAGGGGUUACAAAUUCCAAAGCAAUGAAAUAUAUAAUUAAAAAACA